GCCAUAAUGAAUUCUCUAGCCUUUAAGUUCUUCAAGCCUUUGCUACCUUUUUGGAAACAACUCGCAAGGUUGCUGAAGGAUAGCAUGUUUUUGAAAUGGCUAAUAUCUGUGAUUUACUUUGGCUCCAGUCCUUAUGGUAAACCGUAGUUCCUGUUUUAAAGUCAUAUGAGAUGGCCUUCAUUUGUUUUCUCAGCUAGGCCAGUCUCCUCGAUUGGUAAUUCACUGUACAAAAUACCCAAAGGACAGUUGUCUUGGUGACAGCCUGUAAACGAAAGAGGCUGAAUGCUAUGCUUGUCACAAGGGGUUAUUGGGGGGGCGGGUUUUAAAAGGAAGCAAAGUAGUGGAGUCUGCAGCCGAUUUCACAACAGCUACUAUGGGUUUUUUUCAUUGCUCAGAUCAAUGCUGUGGGCAGAAUCAGAAUUUCUAGGCCAUUGGCUUUGCUUUCAAAUGGGGAGGAUACAGCAUUCUGUGUAACCAUAGUCAUUAGAAAGCUCUUUGUGUCACUGAUCACUGGAUGUGGGGAAAACGCCUGCCAUCUGUAAACAGAGUGUGAAUGAUUCCCUAGGCUGAGUUCAUUCAAUUAACAGCCAGAUGACUCCAUAAGCUCCUGGCAAUUUUUCAAUAGUGCAUCCUAUGAGAAUGGUGCAGUUUUCUCCUCUAGAAGACAACAGAAAUAAAAAGACAGAUAGUAAUGACCUUUCAAAUAUUUUGAACUCUCAUUCCAUUGGUACAAAACACACUGACACCCAAACAGAUCAUCAGUGGCAAAGGAACUUUAAGCCGUCUGAAGAUCUGAUUCCCUUUAGUAGGCCUGUGACACAUGAUCUCUGUCCCUCCUGCCUGGACAACUUCCCCAUUCCCUUUGAAUGUCUGAAAGCCCAAGGAAAUGAAGUCCAGCCAUCAAGCAAACUGGACACGGAUAUAGAAAAUAAGGUGUCCAGUGAUCAUGUCCUGACAACCUCUAAGAAUUUAAGUCUCAUAAACAAAGACUGUGCUUUGGAUCAUCCCAGUAAUUAUAUUAGCUCAAGUGAAAUAGAGCACACAACACCAGAAGAAUGUCAAUGCUCUCAUGGAAGACAUCCAGAGAGUUUCAAAGUACUAAAUAAAGGGAGAGAAAACUUACCUAUCUGGAAUGGCCCGAAUCUAUGCCCAAACAAAGCAACGUCACCAGAAAUUAAAACAAACGAUAAAGUAAAUGUAAAGAAUGCUGUGGAUAUUGAACUUGAAAAUGCUGGUGUGAAUGUGAGCUUGCAAAACAAAGCUAUAGAAGAAUAUGCAACCCUGAUGAUUACUGCAGUAGACUUUAAAAAACAUGGAAGUCGUAUUUGUACAAUGGCUGAUAUUGGAAUUACAGAAAACAUUAUCCUGUCUGAAGCUACUGAAAGCGAUAUAAUUGAAGCAGUUCCCACUGCUCAGGUUAUGAUAUCUGGGUAUGAGCUACCUCUGAUUCCCCAAACUACCAGACACUCUACACAGAAAAAGAGCAUGCCACCAAAUGUGAGCCAGAGCUUUAGCAAAUUUGCUCACAAAGGGAACAACCAAUAUAAUAUUAAAAGCAAGAGAACCAACUCUGGUUUAAAAGCUAAAGUAUGUACCAAGAUGUCUCAGGACUUUAUGAUUCAGCAUCAAAAUAAUAAGUUAAAGAGUCCCAACUCCCACUGUCUAGAUCUGUCCCAUGAAGCUGGGAUUUCCACAAAGUUUCAGCAUGGACAUGUUCAGUGGGAAAUAUACCACAUCAACCAAAGGAGACUGAAAUCCCCAAAGCCAGUGCUUUCCUCUGUUUCCAAACACUAUUCCAACUCAGGAGAACCCAUCACUCCUUUCACUGUCAGACAAGGGCGUUCUUCCGUGUGCUCAAUGGAUCUGAAAUACAGUGACAUGUUCAAAGAAAUAAAUUCAACCGAGCAAGGUCCUGGGAUUUAUGAAAUGUUUGGGACUCCAGUAUAUUCCCGUGAGCAGGAAGGACAUGAAAAUGAGUAUUGUAGGAAUGUGCAUUCUGCACCUGUUGGGAAUGCUACGCAACGUAUAUCUAACCAUUUCAAGGGGAAGAGACACAGUGGAUUAAGACGUGCCCAAAAGAAAACACAUCCUAUGACACUCAAGAAUUCCCCUGGUGUUAAACAAAAAAAGAAGGAGUCAGGGGCAAAGGAGAAACCUGCCUUGGAGGGCACUUGUACAGAGAACGGUGAAGAGAAGGAUGGACCUGUGACUCUUUCUUCUGCAGAAAGGCAAAUGAAGUCAGAAGGGAGCACGGCGCCAUUACGCGAAGUUGUGGACAAGCAAGCACUGGUUUCCAGUGAAUUUACGCAACCUACUAAACAAAAUGAAUUUGUUCCGAAUUCAAAUUUGUCACCUAUUGAAGAAGUCUCACAGGAACAUGCUUCAGAUGCUGAUGAUGCUUUUAUUAAUAAAGCAGUUGCCGCCAAUGUUCAGGAAAUACUUUGGCCAGAGGUUAAAGUUCAUGCAGAAUAUGCUCCUUUUACUACAAAGAGUACUAAUGAACAUACAAAUUUAGGCCUACUGGAACUGAAAGCAAACAAAUUGUGGUGCUAUAAGAAUCAGGAAGAAAAUCCUUCUGCAUUGUCUUUUCCAGAAGGAAUGAGCUCACCUUCUCCACAAAAUCUUCAGCACAGAAAUGUCAGCUCAAAGUGGCAUCUGGCAGACUCGGUGUCUCAGACAUAUCAAGAUGUCCUGAGCAAUGAGGGCAGUGAAGAAAUAACAGAAGACUUGUUUUGCUACUCAGUAGCCAAAUUGCUCUCAUUUGAGCAUGCAGAUGGCAAUGUUUCUAGAACAGUUACAAAAAAUGCAGCUAUGGAAACAUCAAAUGGAAAACAUGAGAGUACAGAUGAUCUUGCAUCCAAUGUUACAAAGAGUAAGAAUUUCUCUCUAAACGGCCUGGAGUCUGGUGGGGGAAACAGAUGUUUAGAUGUGGGUGCAUUUUUAGAAAACAGCUUAACUAAUGAAGAUCCUAUCCUAUGGACCAAGGGUGAAAUUCUUGGAAAAGGAGCCUAUGGCACGGUAUAUUGUGGACUUACAAGCCAAGGACACCUGAUAGCUGUGAAACAAGUAGCACUGAAUACUUCUGACCAAGCUGGGAAUGAAAAGGAAUACCAGAAAUUGCAAGAAGAAGUUGAGAUCUUGAAAAAUCUAUCCCACAUCAACAUUGUAGGAUACCUGGGGACAGGUCUAGAAGAGAAUUUAGUGAGCAUCUUCAUGGAGUUCGUUCCUGGUGGUUCUAUUUCAAGUAUUAUUCAUCGUUUUGGGCCAUUGCCUGAAACAGUCUUCUGUAAAUAUACGAAACAGAUAGCACAAGGGGUUGCAUACUUGCAUGAAAACAGUGUAAUCCACCGAGAUAUUAAAGGCAACAAUGUUAUGCUUAUGCCCAAUGGUAUUAUCAAACUCAUAGAUUUUGGAUGUGCAAAGCGCUUGGCCUGUGUCAGCCUGACUAAUACGCAUAGCGAACCACUCAAGUCUGUGCAUGGGACUCCUUACUGGAUGGCACCAGAAGUGAUAAAUGAAUCUGGCUAUGGGAGGAAAUCAGACGUCUGGAGCAUUGGCUGCACUGUAUUUGAGAUGGCCACUGGAAAACCACCCUUGGCUUCCAUGGGUAGGAUAGCUGCCAUGUUUUAUAUUGGUGCUCACAGAGGACUUAUGCCUUCGCUACCCAAACAUUGCUCCAAGAAAGCAACAGAGUUUGUUCAUCUAUGUUUAACAAGGGACCAGUUUGAGCGGCCAAGUGCUUUACAGCUGCUGCAGCAUCCCUUCUUGAAGAGAAGCUAAUGAACAUGACAAAGUCUCUUUUUAAAAAGGCUGUCAUGUUAUUUUCUAGAGGUGUUUUAAUGUGUCUGAAAACCAGCACUUAAAUUGCAGUUUUUAAAGAGCUAGCCUGAAACAUGAUUGUAAGAAAGAUAUGUAAAAUACUCUUCCUUGUUUUUAAAGACAGGUGUUCAACUGUUUCAGUUUGUGAAAAGCCAACUUUGCAAUUGCAGUAUGCUACAGAUACUGCAUCUGGAAAAAUAAAUGUAAUUGAAUAUGCAAUUCUUCAAUGAAUCUCAUUCAAACAUUAAAACUGGACCUAUCAGGGCUUUUGGUCUUCUC